CAAAAUUAUUUAAAGGACCUCUUCGUCUAAUAAACUAAUGAAUAAACCUUUACGAACUUCACAUCCUUUAUUUAAAAUUGCUAAUAAUGCUUUAGUUGAUUUACCCGCACCUAUUAAUAUCUCUUCAUGAUGAAAUUUUGGAUCCUUAUUAGGGUUAUGUUUAAUUAUUCAAAUUUUAACAGGUUUAUUUUUAGCUAUACACUAUACAGCUGAUGUAAAUAUAGCAUUUAAUAGAGUUAACCAUAUUUGCCGAGACGUAAAUUAUGGAUGAUUAUUACGAACUAUACACGCUAAUGGAGCCUCUUUCUUUUUUAUUUGUAUUUACUUACAUGUAGGACGAGGAAUUUACUAUGGUUCUUAUUUAUUUACACCAACUUGAAUAAUUGGUGUAAUUAUUUUAUUUUUAGUGAUAGGAACUGCUUUUAUAGGUUACGUUUUACCUUGAGGACAAAUAUCUUUUUGAGGAGCAACAGUUAUUACAAAUUUAUUGUCUGCCGUUCCUUAUCUCGGAAUAGACUUAGUUCAAUGAAUUUGAGGAGGGUUCGCAGUUGAUAACGCUACUUUAACACGAUUUUUUACAUUUCAUUUUAUUUUACCUUUUAUUGUUUUAGCUAUAACAAUAAUUCAUUUAUUAUUUUUACACCAAACAGGAUCAAAUAACCCAAUUGGGUUAAAUUCAAAUACAGAUAAAAUUCCAUUUCACCCUUAUUUUACAUAUAAGGAUAUUGUAGGAUUUAUUAUUAUAAUUUUCGCUUUAAUUUCUUUAAUUUUGAUUAACCCAAAUUUAUUAGGAGACCCUGAUAAUUUUAUCCCAGCUAACCCUUUAGUAACUCCAGCUCAUAUCCAACCUGAAUGAUAUUUUUUAUUUGCUUACGCUAUUUUACGAUCAAUUCCUAAUAAAUUAGGAGGAGUAAUUGCCUUAGUUCUUUCUAUUGCUAUUUUAAUAAUUUUACCUUUUUAUCAUUUAAGUAAAUUUCGAGGAAUCCAAUUUUACCCAAUUAAUCAAAUUUUAUUUUGAAUUAUAGUAGUCACAGUAAUUUUAUUAACUUGAAUCGGAGCACGACCAGUUGAAGAACCUUAUGUUUUAAUUGGACAAAUUUUAACCGUAAUUUAUUUUUUGUAUUAUUUAAUUAACCCUCUUGUUAACAAAUGAUGAGAUAAUUUAUUAAAUUAA